AUGGCGGAAAAGAACCAAGAUAUUGUUGAUGGAAGAAAUGCUUUGAAAUACAUAUUUGCUCGGCCAAUCGAUGAUUCGAUAUUUCGCAAUAAACUUGGCCAAUUAUGUGCUUCAUAUCUUGGCGGUAUUUGGACAAUUGUAUCAGAUCAGGAAAUUCGUAUCGCUGUGCAAAGAGGUGGAUUUAACAAUAAAGUUUUUACGGUGGAAAUGCCUAAAGGAAUAAAAGCUGUAUGUAAUGAACCAGAAAAGGCAAUUCUUCGCAUCUAUGAAAAUAUCGAUGAAGACUGUGAAUUACCUCAAGGCAUUAUUUCGGCUAUAUUAGCGGAACGGCAUUUGGGACCUCGUUUAUUGGGAGUAUUUCCCGGUGGACGCUUUGAAGAAUAUAUUCUAUCACGUCCACUUACAAACGACGAAUAUUGCAAACCUUGCUAUUUUUGUUUCGGUAUCGCACAAGAAGUUGGCCGAAUUCUUGCACGAGUACAUUCAUUAGAUAUGCCAAUCAAUAAAACAUAUCGUUUAACACAAUGUAUGGAUAUUCUGAUCGAAAAAUUAAAAAAUUCAAAUCGAUGGUCGAGAAGUUAUCCAAUGCAUACUACCUUAGCAAAAGUUGAUAAAGAACUUUGUCCUGAUCUUAUAACGAUCGAUCUAUUAAUAAAAGAAUUGGAAAUAUGCGAGAAAUGUUUGGCACGAAGUGGUAGCCCACUUAUUUUCAGCAAUAAUGAUUUACAUGAAGGAAAUUUACUUUUACGUCAUGGUAUCGAGAUUACUGAUCAGGGCUUUGUCGGGAGGAAAGAUGAUAAAGACCCAAUUAUCCUGAUUGAUUAUGAAUAUGGCUGUUAUUAUUAUCGUGGCUUCGACUUAUGUCAUUAUUGCGUUGAAUGUUGUCAACAUAAUGAAGGUAAGAUAUGGCCAUAUUAUGAAAUCAAACAGAAUCAAUGGCCCAAUGAAGAAAUUCAACGUUUGUAUGUUGGUGCAUAUAUCGAUGAAGCAAAUAAAAUUUGUCGUAAUAGUAAUGGAAAGAGAAUUCGAUGUAUUAGUGAUUUAUCGGAUGAUCGUGAAAUAGCAAUUGAACGUUUGUUAAGUGAAAUACGUCAAUUUGCGGCAUUCCCACAAUUGUUCUGGGCAAUAUGGGCAUUCCGACAUGCUGAUAUUGAACAUUGUGAAUUUGAUCAUUUCGAAUAUGCAUUCGAUCGUUUAGCGAUGUAUUAUUAUUGGAAGCCGGAAAUGUUGAAAUAUUUGAAUCAGUAA